AUGAAGUUGUUUGUCAUUGCAUUGUCAUUCUUGUUGACAAUCGUUUCAUGUUCAUUCAUACCGGACCAAACAUGGGAAAAUGUUGAAUUUAAAAGAACUAUAGAUCUUUCAAAAUCAUAUUCAAAAGAAAUAUUAUCAUUAACAAUUAAAAAUAUUGAUUCAAAACCAAAUUCAGAAUAUUAUUAUGCAUUACCAAAUUAUGUUUAUGAUAGAUUAAGUAUUUUUGUAUUUUCAGGUCCAAAUGGUCAACAAGCAUUAUCAACUAGUUUAAUUGAAGAAUCUACAAAUGUUAAUAAUGAACCAUUAAUUAAUUAUAUUAAAGUUAAUUUACCAAAACCAAUUGCACCAAAUCAAUCAUUCAAAUUAAAUGUUAACUUGGCAGUUACUGAUUCAAUUGAACCAUAUCCAAAAUCUCUAGAGUUAACUGAUGAACAAACUUUAUUAUUGAAGACUAAUAAAUUACCAAUUAGUGCUUAUAAAACUUUAUCAGGUUCAAGUUUAUCAAUUGCAGGAAUUCCAGAUGGUCAAGAAUUAGAAUCAGAAGGUAAAACUAAUUUAUAUAAAGGUUCUGUUAAAGAUAAAAAAUUAGUUUAUGAAUUUGAUGAAGAAAUUGAACCUUUUAAAUUUACAGUUUUAAAUUUAUUAUAUAGACAUAAUUUACCUUUAACAAAAAUCACAAAAUUAGAAAGAGGUAUUUGGAUUUCACAUUGGGCAAAUUCUUUACAAGUUGAAGAAUUUUAUAAAUUAACAAAUAAAGGUGCUUCAUUAAAAAAUGGAUUUUCAAGAUCUGAUUAUAUGUUAAAUAAACAAGCUUUCAAACAAACUUCAGCUAUUGCAGCAGCACAAUUAGAUUUAUUAGAAGAAGCAAGAGAUGUUUAUUAUACAGAUUUAGUUGGUAAUGUUUCAACAUCAAAAGUUAUGGGUGAUAAAUUAUAUAUUAAACCAAGAUAUCCAAUUUUUGGUGGAUGGAAUUAUAAUUUUACAAUUGGUUGGACAAAUUCUCUUAGAGAUUAUUUAAGACCAAAUGGAUUAAAAGAUGAAUAUAUUUUAUCAUUACCUUUUAUUAAUGGUCCAGUUGAUUCUAGUUAUGAUGAAGUUGAAUUAAGUUUUUAUUUACCUGAAGGUUCUAAAAUCUUGGAUAUUGUUUCACCAAUUCCAUAUGAUUCUAAAUUGGAAGGUUAUGAAUUAUCAUAUUUUGAUUUAUCAAAUGGUCAUACUAAAGUUACAUUAACUUAUUCAAAUGUUAUUGAUGAUUUAAGUCAUUUAAAUGUUUUAAUUAAAUAUGAAUAUAGUUUUUGGAAUUUUAUUAAAAAAGCUUUAGAUAUUGCUAAAUUUGUCUUUAUUGCAUUGAUUAGUUAUUUAGCUUUAACUAAGAUUGAUGUUUCUUUAAAAGCAAAGAAUUAG